AUGCGACUCACCAGCGCCGCCCUACUGCUUCAGCUGCAGCUCUUAGGGCAAGAAGUGACAGCGAGCAGCGCAGGGGGCUGGGGCCCACGCAAGUUCACGAGCUUAGUGACGUUCGGAGAUAGCUACACAGACGAGACGCGAUUCUCGUACUUCGCGACACACAACAACUCCGCACCGCCAGUGGGGUGGAUUGAGCCUGAUGCCAACAUCUCCUCCUCAGGCGGCCUAACCUGGCCGCACUACGUCUCCCUACAACACGAGCAGCACAUAAACCGCUACAACUACGCGGUAGCAGGCGCGACGUGCUCAAACGAGAUCAUCGCACGCCCCUACAACAACGAAACAGGGUACCUCUUCCCCUCGGUACUCGAAUACCAAGUGCCAGCAUUUACCGCAGACGCGCACUACACGGACCCAAGCACGCACCAGCCAUUCGUUACCCGACCGGCGGACGAAACCGUCUACGCGCUGUGGAUUGGCACCAACGAUCUGGGCAACAAUGCCUUCUUGACGGACUCGCAGCUGAAUAAUAGCACGCUGGUUGACUAUGUGGACUGCGUUUAUCGCGUAUUGGAUGGCGUGUAUAACGCCACCACAUCUUCGCUAUUAGGGGACAAGGAUGGGGACGACAAGGGGGGCAAGGCGAAGUACUUCGUGCUGAUGAAUGUUGUGCCGUUGCAGCUUGCGCCGUUGUAUGCGACGCCGGAGAAUGGGGGUGUGGGGCCUAAUAAUUACUGGAAGGAUAAGCCGGCGAAUCUUACGGAGAUCAGUGGGCGCAUGCAGGGCCAGGUUGUGUUGGUUAAUGAGGCGUUUCGGUAUCGCACGCCCGUGGAGACGUUGAUGAAUCGUCGGUGGCCUGGGGUUAAGGUUGCGGUUAUGGAUGUAUAUUCGUUGAUCUCCGAGAUUUACUACCACCCCACCCAGUAUCUCAACGGGAGCGCGCCAGCGAACGUUACCGGCUUCGAGUAUCAUUGCGAUGUGAAUGGGCAGAACUGCGGAAAACUGGACAGUCCGGAUUCGUUUUUGUGGUUCGAUCAGUUGCAUCCUUCGGAGCGGACGGAUCAGAUCAUCGCAGAAGAGUUCCUCAAGGUGGUUAACGGGGAGAGUCGGUUUGCGGAGUAUUGGUCUUAAAAAUAAGGUGAUUGGGGGCAGUGGGAAUGGUGAAAGCGUGUGGUGUUAUUUUCAAACUCAAUUGAGAUGAGUAAUCAUACGAAGAACACUACGGCUUCCCAGAACUGGAUCUAUGAGAGGGUAUAGCAGUUCGGUCAGUAGCCGCGGGGCCAACGAUUCUGAAUAAUCUUUCUGAAUAUCGCAGUCCGCAUAGAAGAUAAGUUGAAGAGUAGAGAGAAUAUCACAAUUUGCAUAGGAAAUGGGUUCAAGAGACAAGAGAUGAUGAACGAGAUUUGUUGCGUCCGAACCUGUUCAGAUGAACAAGUUUCCAAUUGCCAUGGCAAUAUCCACGAGUUCCAAGCACCAAAGCGAAUGCCUGACCGAAGCCUUAAAUUUUCACAUUUCAAAGACCAAUCGAAGCGGAUGCUCAUUCGCAUUGAGCAGACAUGUCACUAAUCCAUCCUGGGUCGCUUGCUCACCCGGCCAUCAAGAUUCAUAGAAGCAAAAGCUGACGCAU